AUGUCUGCGUCUUGUAAUCUGAUCAGGAGAGCACAUUGGCGGCGGCCGCUCCGCCAGGCCAGGCCAGACCAGGUGAGCGAAAAGGCAGAGUUUGCUGAACCUUCAAAGCGAAAACACAUCAUCAAGCGACGCGGCGCCCUCACCCCCCGUUCCUUCGUAAUUACCGACCCCGCUUCCGCUCAGCAGCCCGCGGUGGUUGUCCAGCCACCAACCUUUGGGGGACUGUCCUUCGUGCCGCCGCCCCAGCCAUCGCUGGUCUCGGUGACACAACCCGGCUCUCCCCAGUUAGGACUCUCCCAGGGCCUCCUGCCGCCGCUGCCCACUUCCUGCCCCAGCACCUCCUCCCUGGUGCACGCCGCGUACCAUGGCAGCCUGUACCACUUCUCGUGGUGCUACUACCAGCCCUACCAGCGCUUCACCCACCAGCAGGCAGCAGAUUAUUGCGGCAGCCUCAACCACUUCGGGCAACCGUACCACUUCCAGGUGCUUAGGAUUGAUGACUCCACCGAGAUCUCGUUCAUCCACUACUUGCUGAGCUACUACGCCCAAGCCGCCGUGUGGACCAUAGACACCACCGCCACCGCGCCCUAUAGCCUCCGCAGGUUCAUCAACAGGUCCGGCGUUCACCAUACUGGCCAUGACUGCCUGUCCGUGGAGGCCUCCCUGCUCGCUCUGCACAGCAUCUGGGUGCACGAGAACGCUUGCUCGGACGCCAAGCUGGUCGUCUGCGAGGCGCGCUACUAACCACACUAGCCACGUGUGGAAUCUACAUAAAAAUAAUAGAAUGUUCGUUAUGACUUGUCGGGAGUAAUAAACACUGCAACGAUGAAA